AUGGAUUACAUGCAACCGGACGCCUUCGACACGGCUUCCUCUCAGAAUGCGGGACAGGCGGCUGGUGUGGGGAGUGCAGACCUGGAAAAUAUGAGUUUGAACGUCACAGGACCCCUCGUUAAAGUCGAUGAUCCGCCUAAAUUCGAACUGGAAUCAUAUAUUGCAAACUACACUGGCCGGACCAGAUUCAAUCGAUUGUUCCUCAUAGGCACAUGUUCAACGUAUCUAUCGGUCGAAGCGCUCAAAGCUGCGGUUGCGGAAGCCAAGUCCGGCAGAGAUGUUACUAGAUACGAGCGUGCUGUCCGGGCACUUGCUGAAGUCACACCGAAUGACCCGGAGGCUAUUCCUGACACGAACUGGGCGGACCGGAUGAAGAAGUCUGUCAAGGCGGAGACGGAUCGUCUGGAGCACGAGCUCCGGGGAUAUAAAAACAAUUUGAUCAAAGAAAGCAUCAGGAUGGGAAACGAGGAUCUCGGCCAGCAUUACAGUCAGAUCGGCGACCUAAGCUCGGCAUCCAAGGCCUUUCAGCGCAUGAGAGACUUCUGCACGACCCCGACUCACAUCGCCUCCAUGCUGUUGAAGAUCAUCAACCUCUCAAUUGAGCGUGGAGACUGGCUGAACGUACAGUCAAAUGUGAUCCGAUUACGCAAUCUGCAGUCGAAGCAGGAGGAGCAAGCCAAGAACCAGCCCAAGAUGUCAGCCGCCCUAGGUCUUUCCCAGCUACACUCGGGGUCAUAUCUAGACGCCGCCAACAGCUUCCUGGGCACUGAUCCCAGCCUCGGGGAUUCGUACAACGAAGUCCUCACCUCGAACGACGUAGCCGUCUACGGUGGCCUCUGCGCCCUGGCCUCGAUGGACCGCAACGACCUCCAGCGUCGCGUGCUUGACAACAACUCGUUCCGCAACUUCCUCGAACUCGAACCGCAAAUCCGCCGCGCCAUCUCCUUCUUCUGCAACUCCAAGUUCCGCCCCUGCCUCGAAAUCCUGGAAGCCUACCAAGCCGACUACCUCCUUGACGUCCACCUCCAGCGCCACGUCCACACCCUCUACUCCCGCAUCCGCACCAAGUCCAUCCAGCAAUACCUCCUCCCGUACAGCCGCGUCACCCUCGAAUCCAUGACCAAGAUGUUCGCCCCCGCCGCCAGCGCCCUCCCCACCAACACCACCUCCCCCUUUGUGCAGGAACUCAUCGGCCUCAUCCAAGACGGCACCCUGGAUGCCCGCAUCGACCUAGAGAAGAACGUCCUGGUCACCAACCAAGUCCACCUCCGCAAAGAAGUCCAGGAGUCCAUCAUCAACAAUCUGGAAGAGUACACCCGCGAGGCCCACCUCCGCGUCCUCCGCGCCAAUAUCAUCCAAGCCGGUCUGGAAGUCCGCGCGGACGACCGCAAGCCAUCGCGAGAGGAGCGCAAGCCCCACGAUGACCGGGGUAAGGCGUCCGAGGGUGGGCUUUGGAAUGUCUUUUCGCGUGCUUCUGGCGUGUAAUGCAGUUCUUCUGUUUCUUUUCUUUUCCUUCUUUUUCUUUCUUUCUUUGCUUCUGAUGUGAUGAGAUGAGAUACGAUUAGAUUCUUUAGAAUGGAUGAAGUCCCUCUGAGCAAG